AUGUCUGGGGAAAUCGACCAUCUCUGUGCCCUGAUCCACGACCAUCGCGUCGUGCGGACCUUUGCUCCGAGUUUGUUCCUCGUGGCGCUGGCACGCACUCUCGAAUCCGGCCCGGCCGAUCAUCACCUUGACCUCACCUCUCUGAUUUACAUCGUCUCGGGCGAAGAAGCAAACCCCGUCAGCACAUGUGUGGCCAUCUCGCUGCUGCUCUACGGGCACGGAGCACCAGACAACGUGAUCGCCCCUGGCUUUGGGAUGACGGAGACCUGCGCCGGAGCGAUCUACAAUCCGUCCUGCCUGGGCUAUGACCUGGCGCAGUGCUGCGGCAUCCACAUGAGAGUUGUCGGCGCCACGAGCACUCGGGAGGUCAGUGGGCCGAUUGUGUUUGCGCGGGAUUACAACAAUGAGAUCGCUAUUGCUGAGGUGUUCAUUUGGUCUGCUUUGCUACGCGGUCAUCGGGCGCUGAGACCGAGCAGAUCUGCGGAUGAUGUCCGGAUGUGGUACCAGGUUCAAGCCACGAUCACGCGCACGGUGCUGCUGUUCUCUGGCUCUCGUCCGUGCGUCCUCCCGCUGGAUGCGUCGCAUCUGCACAGAACCACGCUGGACAAGCUGUCUGGCUUGAAGCUGCGAACCGCACUGGAAGGCGGCGACUGCCACGCCCAGGAAGCGGAGAACCAAUAG